AUGGGGUGCAGACUCUAUAGAGGGCUCUACAGGCAGCCCUACAGACAGCACUACAGACAGCACUACAGACAGCACUACAGACAGCACUACAGACAGACCUACAGACACACCUACAGACAGCACUACAGACAGCACUACAGACAGCACUACAGACAGCACUACAGACAGCACUACAGACAGACCUACAGACAGCACUACAGACAGACCUACAGACAGCUCUACAGACAGACCUACAGACAGCACUACAGACAGACCUACAGACAGCACUACAGACAGACCUACAGACAGACCUACAGACAGACCUACAGACAGCACUACAGACAGACCUACAGACAGCUCUACAGACAGACCUACAGACAGAUCUACAGACAGACCUACAGACAGAUCUACAGACAGACCUACAGACAGCUCUACAGACAGACCUACAGACAGAUCUACAGACAGACCUACAGACAGAUCUACAGACAGCCCUACAGACAGCACUACAGACAGACCUACAGACAGACCUACAGACAGCACUACAGACAGCACUACAGACAGCACUACAGACAGCACUACAGACAGACCUACAGACAGCUCUACAGACAGACCUACAGACAGCUCUACAGACAGACCUACAGACAGCUCUACAGACAGCACUACAGACAGACCUACAGACAGACCUACAGACAGACCUACAGACAGCUCUACAGACAGCACUACAGACAGCACUACAGACAGCACUACAGACAGCACUACAGACAGACCUACAGACAGCACUACAGACAGCACUACAGACAGCACUACAGACAGCACUACAGACAGCACUACAGACAGACCUACAGACAGCUCUACAGACAGACCUACAGACAGCUCUACAGACAGACCUACAGACAGCUCUACAGACAGACCUACAGACAGCUCUACAGACAGACCUACAGACAGAUCUACAGACAGACCUACAGACAGAUCUACAGACAGCACUACAAACAGACCUACAGACAGCCCUACAGACAGCCCUACAGACAGACCUACAGACAGCUCUACAGACAGCACUACAGACAGCACUACAGACAGCACUACAGACAGCACUACAGACAGCACUACAGACAGACCUACAGACAGACCUACAGACAGCACUACAGACAGCACUACAGACAGCACUACAGACAGCACUACAGACAGCACUACAGACAGACCUACAGACAGCACUACAGACAGACCUACAGACAGCUCUACAGACAGACCUACAGACAGCACUACAGACAGACCUACAGACAGCACUACAGACAGACCUACAGACAGACCUACAGACAGCACUACAGACAGACCUACAGACAGCUCUACAGACAGACCUACAGACAGAUCUACAGACAGACCUACAGACAGAUCUACAGACAGACCUACAGACAGCUCUACAGACAGACCUACAGACAGAUCUACAGACAGACCUACAGACAGAUCUACAGACAGCCCUACAGACAGCACUACAGACAGACCUACAGACAGACCUACAGACAGCACUACAGACAGCACUACAGACAGCACUACAGACAGCACUACAGACAGACCUACAGACAGCUCUACAGACAGACCUACAGACAGCUCUACAGACAGACCUACAGACAGCUCUACAGACAGCACUACAGACAGACCUACAGACAGACCUACAGACAGACCUACAGACAGCUCUACAGACAGCACUACAGACAGCACUACAGACAGCACUACAGACAGCACUACAGACAGACCUACAGACAGCACUACAGACAGCACUACAGACAGCACUACAGACAGCACUACAGACAGACCUACAGACAGCUCUACAGACAGACCUACAGACAGCUCUACAGACAGACCUACAGACAGCUCUACAGACAGACCUACAGACAGCUCUACAGACAGACCUACAGACAGAUCUACAGACAGACCUACAGACAGAUCUACAGACAGCACUACAAACAGACCUACAGACAGCCCUACAGACAGCCCUACAGACAGACCUACAGACAGCUCUACAGACAGCACUACAGACAGCACUACAGACAGCACUACAGACAGCACUACAGACAGCACUACAGACAGACCUACAGACAGACCUACAGACAGCACUACAGACAGCACUACAGACAGCACUACAGACAGCACUACAGACAGCACUACAGACAGACCUACAGACAGCACUACAGACAGACCUACAGACAGCUCUACAGACAGACCUACAGACAGCACUACAGACAGACCUACAGACAGCACUACAGACAGACCUACAGACAGACCUACAGACAGCACUACAGACAGACCUACAGACAGCUCUACAGACAGACCUACAGACAGAUCUACAGACAGACCUACAGACAGAUCUACAGACAGACCUACAGACAGCUCUACAGACAGACCUACAGACAGAUCUACAGACAGACCUACAGACAGAUCUACAGACAGCCCUACAGACAGCACUACAGACAGACCUACAGACAGACCUACAGACAGCACUACAGACAGCACUACAGACAGCACUACAGACAGCACUACAGACAGACCUACAGACAGCUCUACAGACAGACCUACAGACAGCUCUACAGACAGACCUACAGACAGCUCUACAGACAGCACUACAGACAGACCUACAGACAGACCUACAGACAGACCUACAGACAGCUCUACAGACAGCACUACAGACAGCACUACAGACAGCACUACAGACAGCACUACAGACAGACCUACAGACAGCACUACAGACAGCACUACAGACAGCACUACAGACAGCACUACAGACAGACCUACAGACAGCUCUACAGACAGACCUACAGACAGCUCUACAGACAGACCUACAGACAGCUCUACAGACAGACCUACAGACAGCUCUACAGACAGACCUACAGACAGAUCUACAGACAGACCUACAGACAGAUCUACAGACAGCACUACAAACAGACCUACAGACAGCCCUACAGACAGCCCUACAGACAGCUCUACGCAUGGCUCUACAGAAGGGUGCAGCUGCAAACUGGCCCUUUUCCAUUAUGUCUCCUCCUCAUUUGGCCUCAUUGGCCUGCCACUCAACCUGUCACCAUGGGGAUGAGCUCAGAUUCUCUGUGCUGUAGUUACACUACAAUUACACAUAUGACAAAAGGCACAAACACCACAUCUGCCCCGCUCUGCCACAUGGCUCUGUCUAUAUGUUACCAUUUCAGCUAA